UCUUCAGGAGCGCACAUUACGUGCGGUCGCGGGCGGACGGUUUCCCUGCGUCAGUCUAGCGGACAGCCGGCACCGAGAUCUGCCGACGGGAUCACUAACCUCCGUUCUCGCGAGGGCUGCAUAUCUCCACGACAAAGGUGACACGUGAUGCUAGAUCUGGAUGCAGUGCCCUGGGAGACGCGGAAAUGCUGUGCCAAGGACAUGCGCAAGGCGGCGCAGAUAAUAGCCAUCGCCCACAUGGUGUUCUUUGGCCCCGUACUGUUUGGCAUGCUGUACAUCCUCAACAACCAGAAGAGCACUCUCUUCUUCGGUGAUCACAUCGCUGGUCCUCUGCCGUCCGAGCUGCAGCUGGUGCUGGUCGCCUCGCUGGUGGUGCUCGGCCUGAGGCUGGUCUUCUCCUUCGUGCUGUUCGUCGCCGAGAAGAGCCGCAGCGUGGUGCUGCUGAGGGUGUGGCUGGCGGCGCACCUGCUGCUCGCGCUGGCCGAGUGCGGCGUCAUCACGGCGCUGUCGACCGUCGUCUUCGUGGUCGACCCGGACAUCUGGCCCUUUGUCGGCACACUGCUCGCAGGAUUCGCCCUUCUCGGUCUGCAGACAUACAUGCUGCACGUGGUACUGUGUCUGCACACGGGACUCAUGAAGGAGCGGCUGCUCCGCCACCAGGUGGCGCAGAUGCACAGCCAGCUGAACCAGCUGGCUGUCAGCACGGGCUACACCCACCCCCUCACCUACGCCACGCUCAGCCUCAGCCCCCAGAUUCUGAGACCACCGGGCAAAGCGGGUCUCAACAACGGCAUCACCACGCCACCCAUCAGCGAUACUGCGCAGUCACCACCUGUCGGUGACACCGGAGAGACGCAACCUGGCGCCGAGGUUCUGCAACCGCUCGGCAAGGUGGAUCUCGACAGCGGCGUCACCACACCGCCUCCUGCCGACACUGUGCAGUCACCACCUGUCAGGGACACCGGACAGUCUGAAUCCCCUAGCGCCGCACUCCCUGUCUGACGCCAUCAGGACUCGGAAUACCGGCUGAUGGACAGACCUCUCGAGUCUCAGCUUCCGCUACUGGCAACAACAGCGUUGGAAACUGGGGACCCCAAAAGGGCGAGAUACGCUCUUGGGCUCCUACCUGAUGACUCGACCUGACACCUGUUCCAAUGACUGGUCAUAAAUGUAGCGAUCCCGCUAUCCUGUACUCUGCAAGGUUUCUAUUCCAGCUACGUAACGUUUCUCUCACUUUGCAGUAACAUCAGUGUCAUCAGCCUGUAAAGAUGAUGGUAAACAUGAUCUCAGUUUAACCUCUUGGAUCUGCAAUGAAGAAGUAGCAAAUGGGGGAACAAUAAUUUUGUACUAUUCGUAAUGAGCUGAUACUCCAGUGCUUCAAGGAAAGGCCUUGGAAAACGGUUUCAGAAGAACAACAUUGGACUUUGUGAGUUCCCUACCACCUUCAUAGAUCACUGAAGAGAAUACAAGGCCUGCUGAAGAAGAGUGCUGAGCCCUUGUUCAUGUCUGCAACCUAGGUCUCUCGCCAUCCUGACCAAAUAUAAGAUGCAAUCUUCAGUAUGAGAUCACACCCCCAUGAGAUACCAACAGAUGCACAUGAUAUUUUUAAGUACAAAGAAAUAACAGCGAAAUUUGCGAAUUAAGAAUUCAGCUAGUGUGGGAUGAUGGAUAAGUCCUGUUGCCAAAAGAACCUCAUAAAAAUUUAUCUUAUAAGUGGUUUCGAAAAAUGAAGUGACGCAGUAUAAUGGAAAGUGUUUUGAAAUGCCAAAGACAAUGUCAAUUGUCCUGAUCAAGUCGUUUUAUAUUGAAACUGCUGUGCUAAGCAACAUGAAGCCAGAUGUUUUCCAUUCUGAUAAUCAUUUGUGUGAAGCAACGUAGUACAUUAUCCCUACCUCUAAAUGAGCACUUUGAUGCUGCUGUGUAAGAAUUUGGCGACAGAGGGACAUCGUCCAUUUAGUACGGGCACGUUGUAAGGGAUUCGUUAGAGGGUACCCUGCACAACGAACUGUCUGGUACUUCCUGGUAAACUUUUCUAAAUAUGGAAUCUCAGUUUACGAUUUCGCUCAUCUGCUGCUAUGUCGAUAACGAAGUCUGAAAAUCACCAGGCGCUGUUAAAGAGUUAGGGUUUAGGUCUGUAGAACAUUCAGAGCGACCACGUUUGAAAACCGUUUCUCUCAAAGUCAAGGGACGAUGAGAAGCUUUCAGAAAAUGCCUUGUUCUACUCCAUAGUGGAAAUUUCGUUUUUUCAGCGGAGUUCUGGCGAAACUAUUGAAACAUCGAAAGCAGAAGCACUAUGUCAAGAACGAUAUAGUGAUUUGAAACACAAGGUCUUUGUGAAUCGAGCCGUCAGCGAUGAGAGGUGUGUCUCUGAUGCCAGCACUUACUACAUUGCAGAUCUGAGCUGCUUUCGCGGUCCCUUUGUGUAUGUUGUACUCUUAAUUUUUCGGUCUUCACAUAGACGCCGUCAUACUAAGGAAUCUAUAUCCACUGCCCUUACUUAGUUUCCCUAAGGAAGUUUGGCAGAUACUGAACUAGUUCCUGUCGUAGUUUAGCGUGCUGCCAGAUGAAUGACUGCUGGAAAAUGGUAACCAACCAUUUCGGGGAAAAAAGUUUAUUAGUAAGCGACGCCAUAAUUCCUUUCUUGAGCUCUAUAUAACAUGUCCAUCUGACUCUGAUCUCCGUAACCAUUGUCAAGUGAUGAUACAGACCGAUGAAACAGAGGGAGAGGAAAAAAAUUUAACAGAGCAUGUUUGCAUGACAAUGUUAUGGGUUAAAAAAUUAACAAUUGGAAGAGCACGCUUACAAUAUGUACAGACAACAUACAAGAAAUGAGAGAGGAUACAUGGAGUGAAUGUACCGAUGUAUUAUCGAAAUGUCAAGUAAACUAACUGUCUGGAAUAAUACGAGAAAAGCAUCUCUCUCUUUUUUUAUCAUAUGAAUAUUUCUCAUAGAGCCACCUAUGUAAGUAAUUCAUAAUGACGUAUAACUGGUAUAGACACAAAAGAAAUUGAUAAAGACGAACAUUAAUGAUGAUGACAUAAAACAAGGUACAGAAGAAACUUCAAAAAACAUUCUGAAAUUAACAAACUCUAUUAGUUUUUCCAAUGGAAAAAGAAUUAAGUUCUGUGUAUACUGCAAAAUCUGUGGUUGCCGAUAAUGAUGGCAUAUAUGGCGGUAACUUCUUGCUCAAAACAUUAAGCACUUCUCUUAGUUCGCCCUUCCAUGCGAUAUAUACGCGACUAAUCUAAAUAAAUGCCCUAAAGGACAACGGUGGCUUUCGCAACAGUUGGAUGUUCGGCACUGUGAAGGCAAAUUUGUGAAAGAAAUUCCUAGUCCUCCAGCAGAGAGGCAGAUAAUAAAACUUGUAAGUGGGGGCACUAGGUGGCUCCGAGAACCCACGUGACUGCAUCUGCUUCCCUCAGAAAAACAGCAGUCUGUGUAUGCAUUGUCUUUAUCGUCUGCACACACUUCACCUUCCCGGGUAACACAAAUGCGCUGAUACGAUUUUAAUGCACUUGAGUCCCACUGCAGACUGUAAUACAUGUCGCUUUCUGUGCUCUGAUAGUUUGAGAGUAUGAGAGAAAAGUAAGUUCUGCAAGGUUACCUUGUUUGUAUCUUACUUAUGGCUAAGACGAACUGAAAAGUCAUAUGUGUAAAACUUUUUUUCUCUGCAUUCACUUUCUUCCAAUAAAUUCGAUAUCUACUUGCUUGUUGUGAACAAAA